AUGCCGAGCAGAGACAAGGAAAAGUCCAAGCCAAAGGCGGCGCCGCCCAAGGCCGCAACAUCGACGACGGCUUCUCCCUCGGCUUCUUCGUUGCCACCCAACUAUGGAUUUCCUCCCGAGGCGUUUGACGUCUCGCGCCUCCCCGAUGCGAACCACGAAUUCCUCUCACCAGGCGACAUGGCCGCCUUUGAGACGGCGCUGCUGGCACCCGAUCACAGCGCCGCACAGAACCUAGCGCAGCACUCGCGGCGCGGUUCGCACGACAUGCUGCGCUCGCCCAAGAGCCCCGGGUCCUUUAGCAUAACCCGGCGCGACUCGCAGAGCCUCGGCGCUGGCUUCGACGACGGCGACAACAACGACAGCAGCGCGCUGGCCACGGCGGCGGCAGCAGCCGCUGCAAAUGGCGACUUUAGUAGCGACGCGGCGGCGGCUGCGCGAGCUUCCUCACCGGCGCCCGGCGGACACGGCACAUUUGUGACGGCGCAGAACGACUGGGCGCCCAUUAGCUCGCGUUUCUACCGGAAGAGCAAACGCAAGCCGGCAGCGGCUAGCAGCGCCGGGUCGGCGACGACCAGACCCAAGAAGAGGCGCAGACGGGCCAAGCGUGCUGUGGAGGGCCUGCUCGGCACACGCAGCAAAGACGAGACGCGCGACGGGUACCUGUACCUCCUGGCCAAGUGGCCACUGCUGCUGUUCGUCUUUGGCUGGCUCCUGAUCCUGGGAGUGCUGUACCUGGCCACGCGGUUCUAUAUUGUCGUCUACGAGCAGUUCUUUACGUGGCGCGGCCAGCGCGAGAGCCUGCGGCGGGAGCUGCGCAAGGCCACGACGUACCAGGAGUGGGUGCGCGCGGCGCGGGCGCUGGAUGCGUUUCUAGGCCGCAAGACGUGGCGCGAGGAGAAUGACUUUGCAUACUACGACAGCAAGACUGUGAAGCGCGUCUGGGACCAGAUGAAGAAGACGAGAGCCAAGGCGGAGACGGAGGAAAAGGAUACGGUGGCGGCCGCGGCGGCCAAGGUGGGCAAGGGAGCAGGAAGUGGAGGGGAGGGAACCCGAGCCGUGGAGGAGCUCAAGGCGCUCACCGAGGCGUGCGUCAAGAACAACUUUGUGGGUAUUGACAAUCCAAAGCUGUACAGCCAGACGUACUACGGAACCAAGAAUCUCGUUCAAAAUUUCGUCGACGAGGUGGAGAGAAGUCUCAAAUUUCUGCUCAGCACGAAGCAGCUUUCGAUGGAGGAGAAGAGAGUCUUGUUCAAGCACGUGCAGGCCAACUUUGGAAGAACGGCGCUCUGCCUGUCGGGCGGCGCGAGCUUUGCGUAUUACCACUUUGGCCUCGUUCGAGCGCUGCUGGACGCUGACCUGCUCCCGGAUGUCAUUACGGGCACUAGCGGCGGCGCUCUCAUUGCUGGCCUCGUCGCCACGCGAACGAAUGAGGAGCUGGACAAGCUGCUUGUGCCAUCGCUCGCGUCGCAGAUCAAUGCCUGCUCCGAGGGCAUCUCGACGUGGUUUCCGCGGUGGUGGCGCACCGGCGCGCGCUUCGACUCUGUCAAGUGGGCGGCGCAGUGCAGCUGGUGGACACGCGGCUCCAUGACCUUUCGCGAGGCCUACGAGCGCACCGGGCGCAUCCUCAACGUCAGCUGCGUGCCGGCCGACCCGCACUCGCCGACGAUUCUGUGCAACUACCUGACGAGUCCAGACUGCGUCAUCUGGUCGGCGGUACUGGCGUCGGCGGCGGUCCCCGGCAUCCUGAACCCAGUGGUUCUGAUGAUGAAGAACCCCAACGGGACGCUCGCGCCGUACUCGUUUGGUCACAAGUGGAAGGACGGCAGCCUGCGGACCGACAUUCCUAUCAAGGCGCUCAACACGCACUUUAACGUCAACUUUACGAUUGUCAGCCAGGUGAACCCGCACGUCAACCUCUUCUUCUUCUCGUCGCGCGGCAGCGUGGGCCACCCGGUGACGCACCGCAAGGGCCGCGGCUGGCGCGGCGGCUUCCUCAUGUCGGCGACGGAGCACUAUCUCAAGCUGGACAUGAACAAGUGGCUGCGCUUCAUCCGUCACGCAGAGCUGCUGCCGCGGCCGCUCGGCCAGGACUGGAGCCAGCUGUGGCUGCAGCAGUUUAGCGGCACCAUUACAAUCUGGCCCAAGUCGGUGCCGUCGGACUUUUACCACAUCCUGUCGGACCCGGACUCGGCGCGGCUGGCGCGCAUGCUGCACGAGGGAAAGCAGGGCGCGUUUCCGACGCUCAAGUUCAUCGGCAACAGGCUCAAGAUUGAGAGGCUGAUUGACCAGGGCCGCGUCGAGUCCAGGCCGUGGGUGCGCAGGGGCAGCCUGGAGAGGAUCCUGAGCGAGGAUGAUUUGAGGAGCAUCCUGGUCGGCGAGAUGAUGACGACGAGCGGCAACGGGGCGACGACGGAGGAGGAGACUACGGAUGUGGAUGAGGAGGUGAUUGUGGAGGAUGAACAUGGAGAGGCAGCGGAGGCGGCAGAGGAAGACGCAGGAUUGUUCAUCAAGAAGAGGUGA